GCUCCUCUCCCAGACCAGAUCCCGUGAAAACACCGUGAACACGCAUAUACUGCACUAGGACCUAGAAAUCAAUCGCUUUAGCGGCUUUACCAUCUGUGGGAUCAACACUAGCUACUAUAGUCUGAAACCGCGAAGCGUUUAUUUUCCUGUCCCGUCUCAAGCGCGCGCUCGAUUUCAGGUCAGAAGAUCUCCCGGCGUGAGGGAAAGUGGAUUUUACCAACUUAAACAAGGUGAAAACACUACAAAACAAUGUGGAGAUCUCUCCUGCUUCUCCUCUGUCCUCUGCUGCUGUCUCUCUGCCGAGGCGUGUGUUUCGAGUGCCCUGAGAUCUGCAGAUGUUCUCAGAAGAGCAUCACCUGUAACAACGCGACAGAAAACACCAAGAGCAGGACUCACAGACUAGUUUUGAAGUACAUCUCUCUGAGAACCAUCAGCAGUCGCAGUUUCGACCACCUGAAAGGAGUAAAAUCAAUAGAAAUCUCCCAGAGCAUAUCAUUGGAAACCAUAGAGACAGAAGCAUUCAACAGCCUUCUGAAUGUCUCAGAAAUCUCAAUCCAGAACACGCGGAGUCUCAUUCACAUCCACCAGCGGGCUUUCAACCACCUUCCCAAGCUGAGAUACCUGAGCAUUUCCAACACUGGCAUAAGUGUAUUCCCUGACCUGACCUCCAUCUUCUCCCUGGAGCCCUAUUUCAUACUGGAUAUUUGUGAUAACCUCAACCUGCGUUCAGUCCCACCAAAUGCUUUCAGCGGAAUGACGAGUGAAUUCACCACAAUGAAUCUCUUUAACAAUGGAUUUCAAGAAAUAGAAAGCCAUGCAUUUAAUGGAACUAUAAUAGAUAAACUAGUCUUAAAGAACAACAAAGAUCUGCGUUUAAUCCAUGAAGACGCUUUUAAAAAAGCAUUUGGCCCCACUACGCUGGAUGUGUCGUCUACAGCGUUGGAGACACUGCCCUCUCAUGGUCUGGAGUCUGUGUUGAUGCUGGUGGCUCGUUCGGCGUUUGCACUGAAGAGACUGCCUCCUCUGAAGGGACUGAAGAGCCUGAGAGAGGCACAGCUCACGUAUCCCAGCCACUGCUGCGCUCUGCUGAGCUGGGACUCGCACAGGGAGGGUUCUGUUAUUGCUGCAUUGAGAAAUGGAUCAUCAAACUGUGAUGACAACAGCGAACCGGCUAAUCCAUCUGAGAUCGACGCUUCUCCAACGCUGGACGAUCCUCUUGCAUCCGACGUCGCUGGAUCCACGUCGGCUGAAGACACUUUUGGAAACGCGAUCGAGUUCUAUUACCCAGAGCUGGACCUGUGUCAGCGCCGACCAGCCCUGCAGUGCGUCCCCGAGGCGGACGCGUUCAACCCCUGCGAGGACAUCGCCGGCUUCGGCUUCCUGCGAGUGGCCAUCUGGUUCAUCAACGUCCUCGCCAUCGCCGGCAACCUCACGGUCCUGCUCGUGAUAUUCACCAGCCGCUGCAAACUGACCGUCCCGAGAUUCCUCAUGUGCCACCUGGCCUUCGCCGACCUCUGCAUCGGCGUGUAUCUCCUCAUGAUCGCGACCGUGGACCUCAGGACGCGCGGACACUACAGUGAACACGCUAUCGAGUGGCAAACUGGAGUGGGAUGCGGCAUCGCCGGGUUUCUGUCCGUCUUCGGUGGCGAGUUGUCCGUCUACACGUUGUCUAGCAUUACCGUGGAGCGCUGGCACACGAUCACGCACGCUCUCCGACUGGAACGCCGUCUGGGAUUGAGCCACGCUUCCGCGAUCAUGACCGGCGGAUGGUUGCUCUGUCUAGCGUUGGCCCUGCUUCCCUUGAUAGGCGUCAGCAGCUACACUAAGGUCAGCAUGUGUUUGCCGAUGGACAUCGAGACCCCUCUAUCCCAAGCCUACGUCAUGCUCCUCCUGCUGUUCAACGUCAGCGCUUUCCUGGUGAUUUGCGGCUGCUACGUGUGCAUUUACACGGCCGUCCGUAACCCGGAGUUCCCGGGACGCGCCGCGGACGCCAAGAUCGCUAAGCGCAUGGCGGUGCUAAUCUUUACCGAUUUCCUCUGCAUGGCGCCCAUCUCGUUUUUCGCCAUUUCCGCGGCCUUCAAAGUCCCGCUCAUCACGGUGACCAACUCGAAGAUCCUCCUGGUGCUCUUCUACCCCAUCAACUCGUGCGCGAACCCGUUCCUCUACGCCAUCUUCACCAGGGCCUUCAGGAAAGAUGCGUGUGUCCUGCUGAGCUCCAUGGGCUGCUGCGAGAGCAAGGCUAACUUGUAUCGAAUGAAGACGUAUUGCUCGGAGAACAUCAACCGAAGCAAAAGCAGCUCCGGCUCCAAUGCCAACUCCAAAGCCCCUCGCGCCGUCAUGUGGAUGUCCAGCUUUCCUCAUCUAACGCUUCGGCCGCAGGUGCAAAAGGUCUAGCGAAACGGACGCGUUCAGACUCGGCUAAUUUACACACGGUUUCGUUUCUAAGAGACUCGGGGAAGAUGGUACCAUUUUCGUGAGGACUCAUUUUGCGGCUCAUUUUCACUCAAUGACUUACAAGACACACAGGUCUUAUCUCUCUGAGAGAGAAUGUAGCACCCAAAGACGCUGUUGUUAGGGGGUAAAUGCAACAAAAAAAUGCAUUAUUAUGUCACUAGUCUGUGUUUAAGUCAUUUUCAGUAACUCUAUGCAUGCAUUUUCAGUCUUUUGGUGUCUGAAUUAAACCUGAUUAUUGCAUGAUUGCUGUAAAAUCGUUUAAUUAGUCAAUGUAAGGCUUUUUAAUGUGAAAAAGAGUUUCCUUAUUUAAGUUAUAUAACUUAUCACAGAUGUUUAAAGAGCACGUUCCAGAGCGUUUACACCAUGGAAGAGCGCCACUUUGUGGACAAAUCGAAUUAUUGUUCUAAAAACAUUACAAAUGAAGGUCGUUUUUAUUAUUAUUAUUACCAUGUAGUAUUUGAAAUCAAAUAAAAUGAAAGCAAAAUGUAA